UGACACAUAAAUGAUGAGAAAACAGUACGCUACGCAAAACCCACUCUCUUAUCACUACUAAAUUUUAGUGUUUAGAGAAUUCAGUGAAUUUUAUUGAGGCUUUGGCGAUUCCAUUUAUUAAAACAAGUAUUUAAAUGAAUCGGAACCUAUGUUAAAGUCACCCAAGAAACCCAUGACGGACGCCUAAGGAAAGGUCUCUGUUGUGGCUGCUCCUUCUUAGUAGACGUCCUCAUAUAAAGAUGAAGCCCUACACCAAAGCAGUUUUAAAAGGGAAAAACUACAUACAUGGUUCUUUUGCCAUCUUGAGAAGGACUUCAACCAAAAUGCCCAUCCAGCGUGUGCCACUCUUCUUGUUAGCCUGCGGAUCCUUCAAUCCCAUCACCAACCAGCACAUGAGGCUGUUUGAGCUUGCCAGAGACCACAUGCACAGCACAGGCCAGUACCAAGUGAUGGGUGGCAUCGUGUCUCCUGUGAGUGACAGCUAUGGGAAGCAAGGCCUGACACUGGCAAAGCACCGGAUUGCCAUGGCAAAGAUGGCGCUCCAGAGCUCAAACUGGGUCAAAGUCGACGAAUGGGAGAGCCAACAGGCUGACUGGACUGAAACAGUGGUCACUCUGAGGCAUCAUUAUGGUCGUAUUCUAAACGAGUAUGAACAGAGGAUACUUGAAGACUCCAGUGGAAUCAGAGGUCACUCACAAAGCAUUCCUCCUCAGCUCAAGCUUCUGUGUGGAGCUGAUUUCCUGGAAACCUUCAAGAUUCCCGGCCUGUGGCGGGAUGACCACAUGGAGGAGGUGGUCGGGGGCUUUGGUUUGGUGUGCAUUAGUCGAGGCGGGCUGCAGCCCGAGCAGACGGUGCACGAAUCAGACACCCUUUGGCGUUACAGACAAAACAUCUUCCAGGUGAAAGAAUGGGUAAGGAACGACACCAGCGCAACAGAGGUCCGGCGGGCUCUCCGACGGGGAUUGAGCGUCAAAUACCUGAUCCCAGACUCUGUAAUAGAAUACAUUGAGCAGCACAACCUAUACACCGAGGACAGCGAAAGGAGAAAUGAGGGCAUGGCUCUGAGGCCGCUCACCAAACAAGCACAGCAGCGCUUUGAAAGUCUGGAUGACUGACACACAUCAACACGUGUCCCAAGAGUUCCACGAGCCGAUGAUGCACCAGCUCUACAUACGUACGGACGGAGCGUGUCUGGCCUGGUCAGUCAUUCUGCCGGUGGAGUGGGGGGCAGCUUUCAUGCAGGCCUGGCUACCGGCAGAGAAUCUGGGUGACUGACAAGAGUAAGCUGAUCAUAAGACAUCCUUGAAGUAUGAAGUCGAUCACAGAUCCGUGCUUCUCUUCUCCCAGGGUCACGGGGAUUUAAUUUACUCUGAUGCAGUGUGGUGGAGAUAAUAUCAAUGUCAUUGAUGUUGGACGUGAAAGAUAUUCACCAGCCUUUGCUCACUUCACUUCAUGGACAUGUCAUGUUCAUUUUGUGGAUGAAGUUUUCUGUUGCAGUUCUGUUUCGCCUUUGCCAUGUUGCUCUGCCUACUCCUGACCCCCCCCCCCCCCCCCCCCUUCCUCCUCUGCGGUAUACUAUUUGGCUGGUGCGCUUCUUUUUCUUUUUUGGGUGUUGUAAUGGCCGCAUUUUUUUUCCAUCUCCAGGUUUAAAAUGCAUGUUUUGUCCCCAUAAAAACUACGACUGACCACAGAUCACACAUGAAUUAUUGUUUGUCCAUAGGGCAGGCAUGUCUAGCUCUGGGCCUGUCCUGCCUGUUUUCCAGCUUUCCGGGCUGCAACGUACCUGAUUCAGAUGAUCAGCUCAUCAGCCAGCUCUGAAGCAGCAUUAGAACUAUCUUGAUGAUUUGAAUCAGAUGUGUUGCUCCUGGGAGAGCUAGAAAACAGGCAGGACAGCGGCCUUUGAGGACUGACUUUGGACAUCCCUGCCGUAGAGCCAGUGGUUAGCCCGUCUACCUUACAGUGCAGAGGUUGUGGGUUCAAUCCCAGCUCUCUGCUUACUGUGUGGAGUUUGCAUGUUCUCCCCGAGCCUGCUUGGGUUUUCUCCGGGUACUCCUCCCUCCCACCUUCCAAAAACAUGCAUGGCAGGCUGAUUGAACACUCUAAAUCAGGGGUCUUCAACUCCGGGCCAGGAGGACUACUGUCCUGCCUGUUUUCCAGCUUUCCCAGGAGCAACACACCUGAUUCAAAUAAUCAAGAUUGUUUCAAUGCUGCUUCAGAGCCGGCUGAUGAGCUGAUCAUGUGAAUCAGGUGUGUUGAAGCCAGGAAAGCUCGAAAACAGGAAGGACAGGCCCGGAGCUAGACAUGCUUGCUCUAAAUUGGAUAUUAUAUCAAAAUAGGUGUCAGUGUGAGCACGGAUGGUUGUUUGUCCCCCAUCUACUGCCCGAAGCAUAGGCUCCAGCACCCCCUGCAACCCUUGUGAGGAUAAAGCGGAUCAGAAAAUGGAUGGAUGGAUGUUUGUCCAUAUAUACUCUGCGACUGGCUGACGACCAGUUAAGGGUGCUGGGAUAGGCUGCAGCUCACCUGCAACCAGUUAUGUUAAUUAUUUUACUUUAUGUUAACUGCUUUGUUAAGCACUUUGUUACAGCUGCAGCUGUUGUGAAAGCGCUAUAUAAAUCAGCAUGUAUUGUAUUGUAAACACUGUAGAAAAUGAAUGGAUGAGAGGAUGUUUAGUUGCUUAGUUGUGUCUGCCAGAUCUUCCUGACAGCUGCUAAACUAUUAGAGGUAUUUCCUUCUGACUUGUGAAGGCUCAUUGACAUCUCUUUUGAAAAGAACGUGUGUUCCUACUCAAAGAAUUUUGCUGUGGUGUGAGAUUAGUAAAUGAAAAGAGUUUUUCAACAAA